GCUCCCGACGAUACAGUCGGAUGUCAUAAACAGAAGGUCUACCUGCAGGUCGAUUGCAAAUGCUGUAGGAGAGAAUUCAGAUUCGAGCAGUGUCCCGAAGUCUGUGCCCGUCCGCGUCGCGCACGAGCUUCUUCAGGCUGGACACCGGUAUUUGGAUGUCAGGACUCCUGAAGAAUUUGGUGCUGGUCAUCCUUCAGGGGCCAUAAACGUUCCCUACAUGUUCAGAGCUGGAGGGAUGACAAAGAACCCUAAAUUUAUAGCGGAAGUAUCAUCAAAUUUUGGGAAGGACACUGAGAUCAUUGUUGGAUGCCAGAGUGGGAAGCGGUCACUCAUGGCUGCUACCGAACUUGCAACUGCUGGUUUUACUGGUGUCACUGAUAUUGCUGGUGGAUAUUCUGCAUGGGUACAGAAUGGGCUACCUACAGACCAGUGAUCUUUCC